GAAGCAGCGUUCAGCCUCAAGAUGAAAGUCAGAAACACUUGGAUAUUCUUCUUCUUCUUCUUCUUCUUCUUCCUUGCUCUGCAGGAUGGAAACACUGGUCUUGUUAAUGGAAGAAUCUAUACAGAAAAAGAAGGAGGAAACAUCACAGUUGAAUGUUCAUUUAGAUUAUCUGGAAGCAGGAGGUUGUUCUGUAGGAAUAAAUGUGAAGAAAGAAACAUUCUCAUUGACACAACUGAGGACAAAGCUCAGAGAGACAGAUACAGCAUUGAAUAUAUAAGCAGAGGUGUCCUAUCAGCUGACACUCUGUAUGUGAACAUCACACAGCUGAACAAGUCUGACUCAGGAUGGUACAGGUGUUCUUUGGAGAGAACGUGGUUCAAAGAUUCAUCUGAGGAUUUUGAGAUCACUGUCACAGAAGCUUCAACCACUUCACAACCAACAUUAACUCCUGGAACUUUUUCAUCAUCAGCAUUUCUCACAUCCUCCACUUCACCAACAUCAACAUCAUCAUCAACAUCAACAUCAUCAUCAACAUCAACAUCAUCAUCAUCAUCAUCAUCAUCAUCAUCAUCAUCAUCAACAUCAUCAUCAUCACCAACAUCAUCAUCAUCAUCAUCAUCAUCAUCAUCAUCAUCAACACUCAGUUCAAGUUCAGGAAGCUCUACAUCUUCAUCAUCAUCCUCCUCCUCUGGAGCCACAGGGCAGCAUGAGGCAUCACCUACAGGUUCAGAUCUGAUCCUUUACGUGGCUCUGACUCUAGUCUUCAUGAUCAUCAUAUUAUCUGUGGUUCUGCUGAUCAUCUGUAAGUGGAGGAGGACCACGAAACCAAAAGCAUGUUUUUCAGGGUCUCCCAUAGAAUCAAUGUACACUGACGUCACAAGGACCGACCUAAUGUAUGAGAUGAUCAGAGAGGACAAACGGAGCAGUUCACCUCCUGAGGGAAUAUCUACAGUCUACACCUGCGCUAAAUACGUCAAAGUAAAUUGAGCUGAAAGCUCAGAUGACUACAGCCUCAUCCAGAGUCCUCAGGAGAGAGUCAGUAGAACUGUGGUACAGUUUCAGCUCACAGCUCAAAAACUGUCUCUAGGAAAACAUGCUUAGUGGUACUGUUAUCAGUUCUGAACUGGGACAAGGAACGGCUUAGUGCUGUGGUCCUAUUGUGUUUUCCAGCUAAUUAAUGUUAAUAUUUUAAACAAAUUUAAUUAAUGCAACAGUUUUACCAUCAACAGUUAGAGCUAUUUUGAAGUUGGGGAAUUAACCUUUAUUCAUAUUACUUUACAAAAGUAUCCUAAAUCAUGUCUGUGACUUUAAAUGAUUCAUGAGCAGCCUUCUGUUGAUUUUGGGUACGUAUUGGAUCGGUGUUUUUACAAGACCAUGAGACCAUAUAUUUGAAACUGGACUAGCUACACCUAGUUAAGACUAAUACAUUAUAUAAACAGCAGAGCUGGCCCUAAGUAUCCACAGUAUAUUCAAAUGCUAAGGCCAUCGUGGAUCCAUAGGGGGUGCACUUUACCUAUACUAACAGCCUGCUACUAACUAUUAUUGGUAAUAUUACCAAAAUACACUACAACUUAUCUGAAGCAUAUUAGUCAAAAGUCGUUGUAGCUCAGUUUAACCAGUGCCCAGCCACCAGCCUUCCAGCCCACCAGUGACGCCGCUGACACAGUUCAGCAGCAGCCAGUCGACCACAGUAUUAAACAGUAUUAACCCUUUAACAAUUCACUGGGUGUCAUGUGGACAGUAGUAGCUUUAUAAACCAAUCAGAGCUCUGUACACGAGUUGUGUUUGAGUACAUGCUGCAUGCAAUAUGUCAUUUUCUUCUGAUUUCACUGAUAAAAGACAUCAUAGCAUGAGCUCCAAAAUGUUCAUGAACAACA